CAUUAGCAAACUGCAUUUUAUUAAAAACUUAUCAAUAUUUUUGAAAAUCUAAUAAAUCAAUUAUUUAUAGUAUGAUUUUGUAGUAUCUCUUAACAGUUGUUUGUUGUCGAGACGGAAAGAACCACUUAUAGUUACAAUUAAGCUCGUAGAUAAAUAAUAUAAAAAAUCUUUUUAGAUUUCCAUAUAAAAAGGGCGUCUUGAUGAAGUUUUUAUACAUUAGUCUUGACAAGUAGUGAUAAACUGAUACAUACAAUGCACUCUGCAGAUUUAUUAUUUAUCGCCGUACUGUUUGUUGGUAGCACCACAGCACGUGAUCCUGAUUGCGAUAAACACCAAUAUUGGCCUGAUGUACACGACUGCUCAAAGUAUCUUGAAUGUAAUCCUAAGGGCGAAAAGAUUGAAAUGAGUUGCCCAGCAGGUCUUUGGUGGAAUCCCCUGUUAACGACUUGUGAUAACCCAGAAAACGUUGAUUGUAAACCGGUACCAAAUAAAAGUCUUGGAUGUACGGAAGGAGAAUAUUUUCCAGACACAUCCAAUUGUCAAGCAUUUUACGAAUGUAUUAACGGAGCAAAACAACGUCAAUUAUGCCCGGAUCCUCUCUUGUGGAAUGUUCAUCUACCUGGAUGUACUACUAGUUCUGACUGUUCGCAAGUCGUUCCAACACCUACUACUUGCACUGAAGGAGACCUGACAGGUGACGUUGAUGACUGUCAUAGAUUCUUCAUCUGUAAAAAUGACAAAUGGGUAGGACCUCUCCAAUGCCCAAACGAUCUCUACUGGAGUGAAAAAGCCAAAGGGUGUGUCGAUAUUAAGGAUUCUGACUGCCAAAAAUAAAACAAAAUAUAUUAAAUAAUUAAAUUGAUAUUGUACGUUUAAUAAAGAAAUAAAUUUUAAUAUUAUAUAA